AUGUCACACAUUACUGCCUAUAGCUGUGGCCAGACUUUCUCAGAUCCAGAGGGCUCAUUUACUGGUACAUAUUAUGAUGGAGACAGAAAAAUCUUGGAGUGUCUUUGGAAAAUCCAGCCCAGUAAUAAUCUUCCUAUAAAGAUAAGCAUUGAUUAUGUGGAACUAGACUGCAGUCAUGAAUAUAUUGAAAUCUUUGAUGGAGAGAUACACACAUCAGCAAAAAUUGGAAGAAUAUGCUCUGACUCGACAUUCAUUGCAUUUUCCGGCACAAUGUCAGUUUUGUUGCACAGAGAGUCUUCCCAAGAAGGCCAAGGGUUUUUUGCCUAUUAUGAGACAGGAGAUUUUACAGUGCCCCCCACGCCACCUGUCACAACAACCCAUGUCACUAAUAAACAAGUUGAGGAGCACCGGGUUCGGGAUGGACCUUCAUGA